AUGUUGGGGAAGUAUCUACAGUUUAUGUACUUUGUCUUCUUGUGUUCCACACACCUUUGCAGUGGUGAUAAAAAUACAUCAGUAGUUUAUGCUGUCAAAAACUGUGUCUUGUCAGAAAACGCUUCAUUCCUUCAUAGAAUUGUUGGGCAUUUAUUCUCCGAUGAGUCUGACGAAAAAGCGGACUAUUAUUUUAGCGUUUGUGGUUUCAAAACAGAGGAAAACUCAUCAGUGUCAUUAAAUCAAUCGAUCAUCGCAGUUAGUGAAGCCAGUGUUGUAGAAUUAGGAUCGUUCACUAAUUUUACCAUUUCUAACAAAGGUGAUCGGCAUCUGGUAAGGUUCAAUGAUUCAGAGAUUAUAACAGACUUAAUUCUUGGGUGUGGUAGUAUGGCGGCCUUUCAUCUCAUCAGUCAUGAAAACGAUAAGUCCUACAGUUUUGAUUUGUUCCAUCCUAGUCUUUGUUCUGCUCAACAACCCACGAAAUAUACUUUCACUGUCAUUCUUGUAUGCUGUUUAGCUUUCAUUGUUGGAUAUUGUGUGUUAAGUUCUUUAAUAAAGAGAUACUUAUAUGGACGACCGUGGCAUCAAUCUGUUCCAUUCACCGAUACCUUUGAACAUUUGAAAAAUCGAUUCCAGGACUAUAUUGUUCUUCAUUGUCAUCGUCCACAAAUUCGCCUUGUUGAACCAGUAUAUAUGCCUCUACCGAAUGAUUCACCAGAACAAUUUAAAACUAAAAAUAACGAAUCAAUAUGCGAAAAUUCACUAGAACAAAAACAGUUGCUACUGUCGAAUUCAGAUGAACAACAAGAUGAUAUAUUAUUGGCUCUUUAA